UUUUAAAAAGUUAUUAAACUGAUAUUUAGAAGGUCUAUAUUUUUUGUGAAUAUGACACAAAAAAGUUUUUAUAAAUGUUUAUGAUUUUUAUUGUUAAAUAUUUGUUUUCCAAAUGUUGAACAGUCGAAUUAAAUAUCGAAAGCCUGUUGUUAUAGCAUCAUCUGUUCCAACUAGCAAUCUUCCUCUAAUAUAUACUUCAAAAGCAUAUGCAACACAAGAUCGAAAUCCAUUAAACAGUUCAAUUGCUAUUAGAAAAAGUGGUGAUGGCUAUAUAAAUGUAGAAUCAGAAUAUAUACAAAAUCUGCUCCAACAAGUUCAUUUACUGGAACUUGAAGUUUCUUAUUUAAAAGACAAAUACCACAAAAGACAAAUACCACUAAAUCUGGUACUGGAGAGUGAAAAGCUUGCUGAAAAAGUUAAAGCAUCUGAGUAUGAACUAAGUAUUCGAGAACAAGAAAUAAACUCAAAAGAGAAUGCGAUAGCACUUCUUCAUCAAGAACAACAAGAAUUUAAAUCUAAAAUUGAAUUAUUAACUGAAUCUUUCAAUGUUGAAAAAAAGGAGCUAGUAAAUGAGAUUGUUAGUCUUAAAAAACAAGUGGAGCGAUAUGAAUUGGAUCAAGCAAGGCAAAAUUCACAAAUUGAGAAGCUAAAAUUUGAUUUUGAUUCAUGCAUGUUGUCAUUGAGUGGAUCAAAGAGUCAAGUUCAAGUUCUUCAAAACAGGCUGGAAGAAAAAACAAACGACUUUAAUGCAAUGCGAGUUGCUUUUGAAGAGAAAUUAGCUGAAUCUCUUAAAGUGCAAACAGAGUUAAAACAAUUGGAGGACAAAUAUUUUUAUUCACGAGAGAGAUCUAAAGAGCAAGUGGAUUCUGUUCUAAAGAAUGAGUUAAAAGAGCUACGGUUCAGUUUUCGUGAGAAAGAAAUACAAGCUGAUCAAGAUCGAACUUUAAGAAUUAAGAUAUCAGAAGAUUGUGGAAAUCUUAUUAAAGAAAAUGCUGCUUUGUCUUCACAAAUAAUUGAAUUAAAAAAACAGCUUGAGAUAGAGAGCGAGUUCAAAGAAGAUGUUCACUAUAGAAAACAAUCAACCAUUCAGGAAUUAGUUACUCUCAAAGAGGAAGUAAAGCAAAAAGAUCGUGAACUAGAAAGACUCAGAGAACAAUUGAGUAGUCAGCAUGAAAGAAUGGCCAAUGCAAUGAAAAAUUUAUUAAAUGAAGAAGAAAGUCAUAAAAAAUUGAGACAUCAAUGUGUUCUUUACCAAUCGCAACUUGAAGAAACUCAAUGUUUAGAAUCUAAACAGAAAAAAGAAAAUAUUGAGUUGAAAAGAGAUAAUGUAUUGUUAACAGAUCACGUAAAUGAAUUACGAUCAAAGCUCGAAUCAAAAACGGAAGAUUUAGAUAAAUUCCAGCUAAAGUAUCGCAAUCUAGAAAGUCAACUGGCUUCUUUACGUUCGAAAUUACGUCUUCAAAGUAGUCUCGAUAACAUUCGUUGGGAUGAACUCGAAAAUAUUGCAGACCAAAUGAAACAAUUUUCACGGACAAUAUCACCUAUUCGGCCAAAUACCGCCUAUCAAAAUUCUAGAGAUAUUUCGACUGAGGAUAAUUGAGCUAGUCAUUUUAAAAAUAAGCUAAAUUGUUUAAUUAGAAAUUUAUUUAAUUUAUUUA